GUGAGUUUGGCCUCAUGGCUGAGAGUUUGGCCUCAUGGCAGCCUUGGUAGGUUCCAGCAGGUUGCCACAGAGUACGAGCAGAUCAAAAGUGCAGGGAUUGACCCUCAGGUGCAAGAGCUGGCAGAUCACCAUGGCCUAGAUGAACGCGUAAGACGGGCGCUCAAUGAGGAAAUGAAAAAGCGCAAGGACACGUUCGAAUCAGAUAUGCAAGCACUUUGGGUCGGACUGGAAGGUUCAAAGAAUCCGGCAGGAAUGCUGAUGAUGAAGGUCAAAGACAUGCGCAUGGGCGUAUUCAAGGGGAUGACAGCUCUGACCAAGAAGAUCCAAGAGUUCGCCAAGAGAAACCGCUUGGACGCACAGGCCGCCGUGAAGUUGGGAGAGGUCAUGGAGAAUCGCAGCGAUGUUGAUGGCGACCUCAUGAAGCUGUCCAAGCAUUUGGAACGGUCAAACAAGCCAUCCUCCUUGAUGAUGAUGAUGCUGCGAGACUUGCGCGAUGGAAAGCCUGUCAAGGAUCCUGCGUACGCCGCUGCCAUUGGGAGCAAGGUACAUGAACGAGAACUUCGAGAUUCUGCCAAGG